AUGCCGGCCGAUCCAGCCGUAUUAGCAGCAGAACCUGUUGUGGAUGAUGAAGCCUACGACUCUGCCGAAGAUGAAGACUUCCAGCUGGACGCGGCGCAGGACAUGUCCGAGCUCUCCUCUGACGCGGACGAGGAGGCAGCGGAGCCCGCGAAGAAGAAACGGAAAACCGACAAGAAAGCCAAAAUCGACGAAGACCUGGAACUAGACUCUGGCGAUGAAGCGACGAUCCGCAAGGCGAAAGAGAGGAAGGAGAGGAGGCGGAAAGGGAAGAAGGCCAAGGGCAAACGCGCAGAAGAGUCUGAUGAGGAUAUCGACCUCGAUGACGAUGAUGAAGAGGGCGGCACAGGAGGGUUUGUGCGCACGCGCGCGAUGAAGAUGCAAUUGCGGUUCUCUCGCAGACACGAAGAGCGCAAACCGCUGGCCAAGAUUGACGGCGCGACCGUGGACGUGAACGCUUUGUGGGAGAAAAUGAACGCCCCCCAGAGUGAUCUGGGACUGCGCCCGACUCAGACCGAGCAGGAUGACGAGCCGGUCCCAGAACCCGCGCAUACGGCCGACACGAAGAUGCAGGACCAGCGUUCCCGCGAGCCGGAGGAACAGCCGCGCCAUUCUCAGCACGGUGCGCAGAUGGUCAAGAUCAAACGCACCUACAAAUUCGCGGGGGAGUGGAUCACAGAGGAGAAGGUCGUGCCCAAGGACUCGGCUGAGGCCAGGGCGUUCUUGUCUAGUGGCGAGAAUGUUGAAUUGGCCGGUGCCGAGGAUGUUGUGGCUGCUGACGCUGCGCACACGCUGCUACGCCGUCCUGUGCGCAAGAUCUCGCGGUUCGAUCCCAACCCGAACGGAAUGAUCAAGAAGAGCUGGGAGAGGCAGCCCGUUGCGGAGGAAUCUGUCGGUCAGGACGCUCGCGGGCCCAAGAUCAACACAGUUGAAAAAUCAAGACUCGAUUGGGCGCAGUACGUCGACCAGGCGGGCAUCCAAGACGAGCUCCGCGUGCACAGCCGGGCCAAGGAGGGCUAUAUGGGCCGCAUGGACUUCCUGGGUCGCAUGGAAGAUAAGCGAGAAGAAGAGCGACGCAAUGCACGACUCAAGACGAUGUGA